AUGUGCACUGCUCUGAGCCCAAAGGUACGCAGUGGACCUGGCCUCUCUGAUAUGCAUCAGUAUAGCCAAUGGCUGGCCAGCAGACAUGAAGCUAAUUUGCUACCGAUGAAAGAAGAUCUGGCCUUGUGGUUAACCAACCUGUUAGGGAAGGAGAUUACAGCAGAAACUUUUAUGGAGAAGUUGGAUAAUGGUGCCUUACUCUGUCAGCUUGCAGAAACUAUGCAGGAGAAAUUCAAAGAGAGUGUGGAUGCUAACAAGCCCACAAAGAGUCUGCCACUGAAGAAGAUUCCAUGCAAAGCCAGUGCACCCUCAGGUUCCUUUUUUGCCAGAGAUAAUACAGCAAAUUUCUUAUCCUGGUGCCGAGAUUUAGGGGUGGAUGAAACAUGUCUAUUUGAAUCGGAAGGUUUGGUACUCCACAAGCAACCGAGAGAAGUGUGUCUCUGCUUGCUAGAGCUUGGCCGGAUUGCAGCCAGGUAUGGUGUGGAGCCUCCUGGAUUGAUAAAAUUGGAAAAAGAGAUUGAACAAGAAGAAACACUUUCUGCCCCUUCUCCUUCACCUUCACCUUCAUCAAAGUCUUCUGGAAAAAAGAGCACAGGAAACUUGCUGGAUGAUGCAGUGAAACAAAUUUCUGAAGAUCCUCCUUGCAAAUGCCCGAACAAAUUCUGUGUGGAACGCCUCUCCCAAGGAAGAUACCGAGUGGGAGAAAAGAUCCUCUUCAUUAGGGGUCUUCAUGGUUGUUACUAUGUCUCCACAGCCAAAGCAAAGCAGACGUUUAAGAUGCUGCACAACAAACAUGUCAUGGUCCGUGUGGGAGGAGGAUGGGAAACUUUUGCAGGGUAUUUGUUGAAACAUGACCCCUGCCGAAUGCUGCAGAUUUCCCGUGUGGAUGGCAAAACAUCCCCCAUCCAAAGCAAAUCUCCAACCCUUAAGGACAUGAAUCCAGAUAAUUACUUGGUGGUCUCUGCCAAUUAUAAGGCUAAGAAGGAGAUUAAAUGA